AUGUACCGCAUUGUCCGGCAUGACCAUGAAAUGGUAGACACAUGGAAGGCGGGAGGAUCGCGAUGCAUCGGGGAGAAAGGGAGGGAGGAGGGGUCUUACACGUGGACCGGAGGCGGCUCUGGUGACGCGAAAGAGACUUUUUUUUCUCUCUCUUCCCGCUCAUUUUGUUGCAUGGCCGGUGACGGGAAAGCGGAGGGUAGAGGCCGAAAUGGCAGGAUUGCGGUGUCACGGCGGACAAGGCGGUCGCCAGAAGUGUAUCGCGGCCUGCUGUUUUGGGAGUCGGCAGGUGCGCAGGGACUGGGGCAGUGGGUAGCAAUGACAUCAGCGUGUGUAAGAGAUAGCGAGGGCCCGGGUCAGGCGGCGGCGGGAAAAGGGGACUUUUGGCUGGGCCCUGCAUGGAGUGUGAGAGAGUUGGAAAAGGACCGGAUGCCUGCUGGAAGGGCUGUGGUGCAAAAGCAACGGGGAGGGGCUAGGGUGUGA